AUGAGUCUUGGAGAUAAUCUUCAGAGGAUACGUGUUCCCGUCUUCUCUCUGGAUAUAAAUAUAGGAAGUUCUGUCCCAGUGCUUUUCCAAGGUGUGAGCGGACUGGAUCCAUGUGAAGAUAGAGUGAUUCCUCUGGAUGUUCAAAAUUAUGAUAAACUGAAGAUGUAUGCUAAAAAUAAUGCUGGGUUUUUUUCAUUUAGAACAGCAAUACGUGCUCAUGUAAUUUUUGAUAUUAAAUAUCAUGGACAAUAUAAAAAUUAGCUGUGGGUUGAAAGUUUACCAUGCCAUAUCAUGGGGUUCAUUGCCAUGCUAUCUACAGAGGUGUCAGUCCUAUUGUUGACAUAUCUGAUCUUGGAAAAGUAUUUCGUGAUUGUCUUUCCCUUCAGUAAUAUCCAUCCUGGAAAGCAACAGACAGUAGUGGUUCUUAUAUCUGUACGGAUUGUUGGAUUGUUUGUUUCAAUCCAUAUUUCUGAUCAAGAAGAGCCUAUUUUCAGGUUGUGGAGGGCUGGACACCAGGUGCGCAUCAAAGUUGGUCUAUCAUUCCCCUUCUCAGCUGGCAGGGGAGAGAAAACAAAAGGCUCAUGGUCUUAUUUCCCCACAGGUAUGACCCUGCUAGCCUCCAUCAUCAUUGUGUUUUCACAGGUUAGUAUGUUUUGUUCCAUUAAAAAAACUGCUUUUCAGGCAUCAGAGGUAAGGAGUAACAUACACAGGGUGUUGCUGUUACCAAUCGAUAUUUUUUUCAAUAGUAUUCAUAAUAAUCCUCCAUAA